AUGGCUGCUGGACGGGGUAUUAUUAAUUUACGGUUUAACCAAGACCAAGGGUGUUUUACUUGUUGUAUGGAGUCUGGGUUACGAGUAUACAACGUCGAGCCUUUGGUUGAAAAAGCUCAUUUUGAAAAUGACUUGAUGGGCAGCAUCGCUAUUGGUGAAAUGUUAUGGCGAACAAACAUAAUAGCGGUUGUCGGAGGUGGUACUCGACCGAAAUUUGCUGAUAAUACCGUAUUAAUUUACGACGACGUUGUCAAAAAAUUUGUUAUGGAAAUAACAUUUACAAGCCCGAUCAAAGCUGUACGCUUACGGCGCGACAAACGACUAUUGACCCUUGAAACUCGUGAUAAUCCAAAGGGCUUAGUUGAAGUAGCAACAUUGGCAACAGCGCAUAAACAAUUACUAGCGUUUCCUGGUCAUAAAUUGGGCAGUGUACAAUUGGGAUCGUUGGCCUGUCUAGCUGUUAAUCCCAAUGGGACAAUGGUUGCUACUGCAUCAGCACAAGGUACUCUUGUCAGAGUAUGGGACAGCGUAAGAAGACAGUUGUUGGUUGAACUUAGGCGUGGUGCUGAUCCUGCUACACUUUACUGUAUAACAUUUAGUAGAGACUCAGAAUUUCUUUGCAUGUCUAGUGAUAAAGGCACUGUACAUAUAUUUGCAUUAAAAGACACUCAUCUUAACCGUCGAUCUACGUGA